AUGGGGGAUCAUGAUCUGGAUCUCAAGGACACAAGUCACAUCCCCGUGGAGCCGGCGCCGCUUCGGCCAAGACGGAGACAAGGCAAAGAUGUAGAGCGCCACGCCUGCAAUAUCUGCCGGGAGCGCAAAGUUCGCUGUGACAGGGCUUUCCCCAAAUGUGGCCGCUGUAUACGCCUUCGAGAGGACUGCAGCUACGAUAGCUGGACUCCUGGUACCGCUCUAAGCCAAUCCGCCAUGGCUCGUCAGUUGGCCGAGCUACAGCAAAGACUUGCCAAGGCUGAAGCGCUGCUUGCUGCGGCCGCGGUCGGUCCAGGUGCUCAAGCAAGUACCGAGGCAGCUCCAGUCGACCCUUUUCGGCCUGACCUUCUGGGCUCGCAGCCUGUCCUACGUGUCGGAGAUCCAGUCGCCCACGAUCCUCUAACUCAGCCAUUUGGAGGCUUUGGGGAUAUCUCCACCGAUAUGGGGCUGGAUAUGGACUCGUUUGUCGACUUUGAUAGCGCUCUGAACUUCGCCGGCGCUGAUCUUGGUACCCUAAAUCCUGAGAUAUUUGUAUCCCACGCAGGGCUCGAUGCAUUUGCAAAAGAGAAUGGUGUUCAGAGAGAGGUGCCAUCCCCUUUACCACCAAGUACUCAUAGCAGUAAUGCGAACCCCCUCUCUCCAGAAGAACUUAGUCGGCUUUAUGAUAUCUAUUUCGACACUCUGCACCCGUCUCUGCCCUUUCUCAGCCGUCGACGGUUUUCCGCUGCGCUGCUGGCCUCCCCCUCAUCAUACGCCCUACAUAGCUUGAGCUACGCAGUCGCACUGCUAGGCACGACCAUGUCCGCACAUCACAGAAGCUCACAGAAGAGCUGCUACCAGCUCGCACGGAGAUACUUUGACCUGUGCGAACAGGACGAACAGAGUGGCGACUUGGCUAGUAUCGAUUCCUUCCAGGCGUUGAUCCUCAUCGUCAGAUACGAGAUCAUGGGGCAGCGGCUAGAGCGGGCCUGGAUCACGAUAGGCAGAGCUAUCAGGCUGGCCAAGAUGCUGGAUCUUCAUCAGAUUGAUGGAGACCCCUCCGAAGUAUCCGAGUUGGACCUGCAGCUAGCACUUCCACCGACGAGCGAUCCAGCACUGUUGGAAGAAAGGCGGCGGUCCUUCUGGACCCUGUACGUCUUGGAGAGCUAUGUCAGUACCCGUACUGGGAUGCAGUGUCAUCUGGGUGAACCGAGCACUUUCUCAGUCAGACUGACAUCGUCUGGUCAUAUCGACUCAUUAAGAGAUGAUAGACCAAUGCCCUUCUUUGACGAUGUCAUCCGCAGUCCGGAUACUUUGAGCGUAACGUCAUUCGCCGGCUGCAUUUUCAUGAUAGAGCUUGCGUUGAGAUGCUUCGAGCACUCCCGGAACAAGGGCAAGGGCACUGCCCAGAUGGGCUUCUGGGAUCGUCAGUAUGCUCUGGUCAAGGAUGUAGCCGAGCGAACCAAGCUCCUUGCCAGGUACUUUGACCUCUCCGCCAUAGAGACGGAUCCCGUCGCGCUGUCCGUCUGCAUGAACAUGUGCGCACUGGAGAUACACCUCCACGAGACGGCCGUCCAAGAAGUCGAGAGGCAGAAACUACCAGCGAGCAUGGCGUUGGAGAGCCAGCAACAGUGCACGCGAGCUGCGGAGAAGGUAUUCCAAGUCACGCAGCACAUGUUACCUCGCCGAGGAUCACAGGGUGACUACCUCCAUUUACAAUCGACAUUUGUCGCCUGGCCGAUCUCUAUGGCCAUCAAGGUCUUGGGGCGAGACGGCCCCUUACAACAACAGCAUGCCGAGCAGAAGAGCCUUAUCGACAAGCUGGUCGUGUUGGUGAAUGGACUCGACAGGGUUGAGGCUCAAGAAGGAUACUGGCAUGCUACAGUGCAAGACGUGGUGGCAGAAGUCUCUUGGAGGGCCCAGUGA